AUGUCUAAACCUCACUACGAAGCACGUGGAGAUCUCUAUUCUGUGUCAUGUGUGUCGUUUCAAGCUGAAUCCACAAGUCACGAUUUUAUUUCUUGUCCAAUUGCCCUUGCUUGUUGGCGUAGACUCGGGGUUACUUUUGUUUUUGAUCCUGGUGGGAGUUUUCGCAGCUGGUUGGAACUGCUCUUCCAAUCACUUUCAGAGGAGAUUGUGUGUAGUGUUUCCAUGACUUGUUGGGCAAUAUGGAAGGCAAGAAAUAAAAUUAUUUGGAAGAAGAAAAGCUCAUCUGUUACGGAAAUAAUUGCAUAUGUAAACAAAACUCUUAAUCAAUGGAAAAAAGCUCAAGAUAAAAUCACUUUCAAUUCCUUGUGUCUUGAAAACAAGGGUGAUGGCGCUGAGCUAUGGUCUAAACCUGAAGAAAACUCAAUCAAGAUAAAUGUCGAUGCAACGACCUUCGAACAAGAGAACAAGUGUGGCUUUGACAUUGUUAUUCGUAAUCAUCUUGGCAAUCUUAUAACAGCUCUCUCUGGCUGUUAUGGAGGUAAUUUUACAGCUGAAGUCAUUGAAGUCAUGGCAAUCAAAGAGGCCCUCAGUUGA